AUGUCUCUGCCUCCGGUCCCCCAGACGCAGGGUCUCUCUUGUACGACGUUCAAGGUCCCUCCUGUCGAUGGGUCCCUAGUGAUCCCCCAGAUCUACGACUGGCACCAAAAGCAAUCGUCCUCACACCGUCUCUUCGUGUUCGCGGAGGAUGACCGUGGCCCUAUCCGAACUAUCUCUUGGUCCGAAGGCGCGGCAGCCAUCGCGCGGGGCUACCAUCUCAUUCGCGAGCGCGUCGCUGGUUUACCGGAGGGUAGCGUCGUUGGUAUCCUGUCGGGCUCAGACUCAAUCCCUUAUGUCGUCUUUGCCAUGGCUAUGAUGCGCGCGAACUACGUGCCCUUCAUGAUAUCUUCUCGAAACUCGCCCGCUGCCGUCGCGCACCUGCUCAGCAAGGUGCACGUCAAGCACCUUCUCAUUGGACGUGAACAAGCGAUGCACGACCUCGCUCAGGAGGCAUUCACUCUCCUUAAGGAGCAGAGCUCGGACGCUGCGAUUCCUGGAACGUCGUCCAUGCCAGUGUUUGAUGAACUCUUUACGCCUUCGUCUGAGGAUCGCCUUGUCACUGACCUGAGCACUCUGCCUUACGAGUCAAGAGGCAUGGACGCACCAGCUAUGAUUCUGCAUUCAUCAGGCUCGACAGCCUUCCCAAAGGCUGUCCAGUUCAGCCACAGGCGAUUGCUGCAGAUCGCCAGGGCGCCUUGCUACGGCCAGCGCGACCUGACGGACAAGGUCUACUCGUUGCACACAGUUCCCAUGUUCCAUGCGUUGGGAAUCAUCCACACUAUGCUCGCGAUGUCCAGCGGAAUCGUGUUCAGCGUAUUCGCUCCGCGGUCUCCCCCUGUCAUCCCAACAACUGACAUGGCAAUACAAGCUGCUAUUGCUGCGAAUAGUGACAUCCUCGUCGCAGUGCCUGCCAUGAUUGAGGCAUGGACACAUAAUCAGGAUUAUGUGAACUGGCUCAAGACGCGGACUGGUAUAGUCUACAGUGGCGGACCACUGAACAAGGAGGCUGGCGACUUCAUGGUCUCUCAAGGGGUUACCAUCUUCGUCCUCUAUGGCUCAACCGAGUCCGGUGCGAUCAGCGUCGUUUUGCCAGCUGGGACCCCGAAGGAAUGGGAGUACUUCGAGAUUGCUCCGCACGUUGGUCACAAGAUGCAGCACUUUGCAAAUGACGAGUAUGAGUUUGUCCACGUCGCGAACGAAUCGAUGGUACCAAAUGUCAUCAAUACCAAGGUCGAUGGAGUGGACGCCUACGCUACCUCGGAUCUCCUCGUCCCCCACCCCACAAAGAAGGGUUUCUGGAAAAUCUUUGGACGGACAGACGACCAGAUCAUGCACAGUACUGGCGAGAAGACGAACCCUGGACCUCUUGGCAACCAAGACCCAUACGUCAUGUCCGGUGUCAUGUUCGGUCGUGGACGCUUCCAAGCUGGGAUCAUUGUCGACCCUAAGCCUCAGUACGUUUUCGACCCAGCAGAUGAGGCGAAGCUGGCUGGGUUCAGAAACAAGAUUUGGCCGACGAUCGAGAAGAUGAACGCAUACGCACCACAACACUCGAGAUUGUUCAAGGAGAUGAUCCUGGUGGCUAAGCCCUCAAAGCCCUUCGUUUACACGCCAAAACGCACAGUGCGGAGAGGCGCUGUCAUCAACCUGUACGAAGAGGAGAUCGACGCCCUGUACAAGACCGUAGAAGCAUCCGCGCAAGCCAACAUCCCCUCUCCCUCGCAAUGGGAUGUGUCAGCGUCUACGGACUUUGCCCGUCGCGUCGUCUGGGCUAUCAUGACACACCAGGUGGCGGAUGACGAUGACGUCUUCCAGCAUGGAUGUGACAGUCUUCAAGCAACAUAUAUCCGCAACACCAUCCUGCACGCACUGCGCGAGGACGCGAAGGUCGGGACGCGCGACUUGUCUGGUGCCUUCGUCUACGAACAUCCUACGAUCUCCGCUCUUGGUGCAUUUGUCUCGUCUGUUGCGCUCGGAACGGAGGACACCUCCGCGUCACCGACAGCCCGAGUCGACGCCAUGCAUACCAUGGUGGCGAAGUACACGUCUGACUUCCCCGUGCACAAGACGAUUCUGCUGAAGGCAGCCCAACCUGUGAAGGACGUUGUGCUUGUCACGGGAACAACUGGUGCUUUGGGUAGCCAGCUAUUGGUAAAGCUCGCGAAGAACCCAGAGGUCAAAACGGUGUAUGCACUGAACAGGACGUCGCGAGACCAGGCGUCGCUCCGCGACAGGCAAGCGAAGGUCUUGGUCGAGCGCGGCCUUGACGCAAGUGUGUUGGACACGGACAAGGUUGUUCUUGUGGAGGGUGAUCUCACGCAGCAGCACUUCGGUCUCUCCGAGGACACCUACAAACAGAUGCAUCACCAUGUGACGCACAUCAUCCACAACGCAUGGAAGGUCGACUUCGCCAUCAACCUACCCUCUUUCGAGCCGCAGGUCCAGGGCGUACGCAGCCUCAUCGACUUCGCGCUCACCUCUCGCCUGCCCUCGCCACCCCGACUGCUAUUCACCAGCUCCAUGGCCACCCUCCAAAAUGCACCGGCAGACCAACUCUGCCCGGAAUCGGCUGUCGAUCCCCUUUGGGCCGUCGGAAGCGGGUAUGCCGAGUCCAAGUGGGUGUCAGAGCAGAUCCUUCAAGCGGCCGCAGCGAAGACGAAGGCAGACACGCUCGUCGUGCGAGUGGGUCAGGUCUGCGGAGGACCCGACGGUGUCUGGAACGCCUCGGAGUGGUUCCCAUCCCUCGUGCAGAGCGCGCCCAAGCUUGGCUGCUUCCCAGAUGACGAGAAGGACGUACAAUGGAUUCCGCUCGACAUCGCAACCGACGCGAUCAUCGACUUCCGCAAAGCGUCCACGCCUACCCAUACCGUGCACCUCGCACACCCGCGUCCCGUCCCCUGGCACACCCUCGCCGUCGCCGUCUCCGACGUACUCUCUGUGCCGCUCGUCCCCUUCCCCGCGUGGCUCGCGAAGCUCGAGGAACAGGCCGCGGCUUACAAUGCGCAGAGCGCCGCCGCCCAGGCGGAGACACUGCGUGGGCUGCGCGCGCUGCACCUGCUACCCAUGUUCCGUGGGAUGCUGCAGAAGGAGGGCAAGGAGAAGGGGCGAAUGGCGCUCGGCCUGGCGGACAUGGACGUGAGCCUCGCACGGGCGGCAUCGUCGACGCUCGCGGACCGGGCGGUAAGGCAGCUGGGGGCGGAGGAUGUGAGGCGAUGGGUGGCUUACUGGCGCAAGGUUGGGCUGCUUGGGGCCUAA